CCUCGAGCCCGCAGCCCUGCCCUCCUCUAGAGGAGCACCUCUGCGUUUCCCACGCCGCUUAAACCCCCUUAGAUGAAAAAGGAGGCUCUCAGCGGAACAGGCACCAAAGGACUACAAGCCCCACAAGUCUCUUCGCAGCGGCGCAUGCUCGCAAUCUCCCAUGGAUCCAAGAUGGCAGAUACAGGGACCGGCGGGUCUAGUAGCUCGAGCACGCGCUCAGGUGGCAAACAUUCUACAACCCCAUCAGAUAACUAUUAUUUGGCGCGAAGAAGGACACUCCAGGUGGUGGUCAGCUCACUACUGACAGAGGCUGGGUUUGAGAGUGCUGAGAAGGCUGCUGUGGAAACGUUGACAGAGAUGCUCCAGAGCUAUAUUUCAGAAAUGGGGAGGAGUGCAAAGUCUUUCUGCGAACAUACAGCAAGGACUCAGCCAACUCUAUCGGAUAUUGUUGUUGCCUUAGUUGAAAUGGGCUUCAACAUGGAAACACUCCCUGCAUAUGCCAAACGGUCCCAGCGGAUGGUGAUCACUGCACCCCCUGUAACCAACCAGCCAGUGACUCCAAGAGCCCUGACAGCCGGGCAGAACAAGCCCCAUCCAUCCCACAUCCCUGGCCACUUCCCAGAGUUCCCAGAUCCUCACACUUACAUCAAAACACCGACUUACCGGGAACCUGUAUUAGACUAUCAGAUCUUACGAGAAAAGGCUGCUUCCCAGAGGCGUGAUGUUGAAAGAGCUUUGACGCGUUUCAUGGCAAAGACAGGAGAGACCCAGAGCCUCUUCAAGGAUGAUGUCAGCACCUUCCCCUUGAUAGCUGCCAGGCCUUUUGCAAUACCUUACCUGACUGCUCUGCUUCCUUCUGAGUUGGAGAUGCAACAGAUGGAGGAGACAGAUUCCUCUGAACAAGAUGAGCAGACUGACACAGAAAACCUCCCCCUGCACGUGAGCAUGGAUGAUUCGGGAGCUGAGAAGGAGAAUGCAUCAGUAUUACAGCACAACACCUCUCUUUCUGGUAGCCGAAAUGGAGAGGACAGCGUGAUAGACAAUCCUUACCUCCGCCCGGUGAAGAAACCGAAAAUCCGUAGGAAGAAGUAAACUGUGGCAAACUGUUGGGCUGGAAUAAGGGGAAGCCUUUGGUCCUCUAAUCAUCUUAUGUUGUCAAGAAAGUGGCAUAUGAAAAGCAGAAAGUCAUUGGCGGUUGAGGGCUAGAUGGAAAGGUGUCCUCUCCAGUGUAGAGGAGUGUCAUUAUCUGCAGCAGUUUAUGAUAAUUUAAGGUGAACUCUGACCCAGAAACACCAAAGCGCACGUGGAUUGAAAUCAAUCUCUGCCCUCUUAAGGAACACCAUAGUGCAGUUUGUUCUUCAUCUUUAGCUGAGCCUUAUUUUUGAGGACUGCAAGCAGAUCAAUGCACAAUGUAAAUUCUUUUUCACAUUUUAUCAGGUUUCCUGGAACAUCAUGAAGUGAGUAAUCUCUCCUUUCUUUGCAGCCUGUACUUCUAAUGAGAUUCAGGCCACGCCACCUUGCUAAGUAUGACUUGUAGAUGAGAUCACAGGUGGCCAAGGGCACCCAUGGGAUAUUCACUGCUGUGCCUUGGCAAAAACUGAGACCACUUCAGAACCACACUGUUCAUAUUUUCUCAAGGUCUGUAUGUGUUUGAAGCUGAGGUUUGGUCUGACUCGAGUUCUAGUGCAAGCUGUUGAAGUUUAAUAAUAGCACUAGAGUGAGUAAAGAAAUUUCCCUUCAGGUUUGCUAACUGAAGUGUUUAAGAGCUGAUUUCGCAAUACGUUUCCUUCUCAAAGUGCAUUUAUAUUUCAACAUAUACAUUGUGUUCCUUCUGGUGGAGAGCUCUUUAGUUUGGUCCUUUUGCCUGUACUUUAUGGCUCAGAGUCUUAGAUUUCUCUUUUAUACAGCUUAUAGCAGUGGUACUUCUGCCUGCUUCCAGUUCUGGAUUGGUUUGUGAAGGUUCAAUUUCUGUUUGUAAUAUGAAGCAGAACAGUCUCAUGCAACAGAACUUCAGGUGGCCUUGCUGCUUGCUAUAUUGCCUAGUCAAGACAUAAAUAGCAUUUUGGCGAGUUAAACACGAUGCUUUUUGGAAAAAGCAGCUGCUUCCGUGAGUGGCAAACGAUGAGGAGCUGUUAAGAACACAUUUUCUACUGCUUUUUAAAAUUAUAGUGUUACAAUAUAACCAAGAAGGUUUAAGUGCCAACAUUAAUGCUUUCCCAAGAGCUGAAAAUGUCGCCUUUUUAUAACAGCUGCUUCCUGGCAACACUGGGCUCUAAAUCAGUCCAUAGAACUAUUCGAUGAAAGCAAAUGUUUGACAAAAGCUCUGUUCCUAGUUUCCGAAUCAGAUGAUUGACAUGUAGUCAUUUCACCCACCAGUUCCCUUUAUUAGGUUCAAGUUGAAACAUAAGAUAUUAGACUUGGGAAUAUACUGUGAUUUCUAACAUUGGCAUGCAUUUCCUGCCAAAGCAGUGUUUCCCAUUAGAAACUAAUAUUCAUUCAUCUUUUCCUGAGGCAGAAUGGUGGGUUUUAUGUGAAACUUUUGUGUGUAUGGCUGAAGUGCAGAAAGAACAUCACUUUCUCAAAAAUCCUUCCACAGUAAGGAGGGUUUUUUUUGGCACAUUUCACAAGAAGAAAUAAAAUGCUUGUGAUAAAUGUAAAACCCUGAGCCCACAGAGGCCCCUGUUCCUAGUCUCCUCCUGAUAAAAUUGGCUUUCAUUUAUUUUAUUUGUUUUCUAAUGCCCUUUGGGAUGAAAUUUUAGAUCAGCUGGACGUGGAAGAAAACAAGAGUAACAAGAUUUCCUGAAGGACCGUCUUUCAGAUGCCCUCACUCUACAAACUGUACUUUGGAGAGUUGGGAAUGUGUGGCCAGAUCCUUUUCCUCUCUCUUUUUUGGUCCCACCUUUGUUUAUUUCCUUGAUUUCUUUUAGCUAGCUACAGUGUCUGAAUUAGGUCAACUAUGGCUAGUACUCAUGGCCAGAUAAUGAUGUAAAAAUGGGUUUUUUUGGUUAUCACUACUCAUUAUUGUGAGGAACAUUUUAAAUGGUAAGAAAAUCCACUGGUUUGUACCAGACAGCCAGUCUUUAUUUGGUGAAUGUUAGAUUGUGUUCCAUCUGUGAAAGCUCAAGUUAGCAGUGAUCCAUUUUCCACCACAGCAGGACUGGCAGACAGGAUAUUCCAUUUCCAAAACACAGUGCUGAUGUUUCCUGCAGGUUGUGCUAUGCAAGAUGAGUUGUGCUGUGGGUCUGUAUUUUUGCAGACCACUUGGGAAGCCCUCUGAACUCGAUUGGUCCUAUCAUGGAUUGCCCACAGCAUCCUUACCGUGCAAGUUCUACUUGCGGUACUUACUGUUUAUAAUGUUCUGCGUAACUCUGCAUCUAAUAGGUCUUGCUCAAAAAUCUGCAAGUGCUAGUUUAACAUCACUAUUUGUUCAUCUUUUGAUCUAUCCAUACAGUUAUCAGGGUAGACCUAUAGGUUUCUGUUCUGUUCCUCUCUCACCUAUUUGUCAGUUCUCCUGGAUAAGUUAAUAGCCCCCUUAAAGUAUGCAAAGCUUCCCCAAGUGACUGGUUGUUUGUAUGCUUUCUGCUGUACUGGGGUGAGCAGUUUCCUAGGAGUGAAGGAAACACACCACACUGAAGGAUUGUACCACUGCAAUGAUUCCACAACUCCUGGCGAUAUUUAAUAGCCACUGCUCAUGUUCCUGGAUGCACUAGAGUCACCAUAAUACGCUCUCACGCUGUACAGUAACACCAUAGAAUGUCUCCUUCCCUUCUCAAAGAAGCAGAGAAGGUGAGAAUGGAGAUCUUUGCUGGCACAAAUGGAGAAAAUAGGGAUCCCCAGAAAUGCCAUAGAGACGUGUCUUCCCAAUCCCUGUUUUAGAGGCUUAUGUAUUUAUUGUUCAGAUAGGGAAUGCUUCUUAAAGUGUUUGUUAAAAACUGCUCGAUGUGGAAGGGACUUAAACAUGAGACCUGAUGUGAUUGGGGCUUGCAUUUAAUGGGGAUUUCUGCUCCGACUUCCCUAAAACCUGCACCAGAUUAAGCAAAGUGUCUGUUUAGUGAUGGUCUGACUUGGGUUCAUAGGAAGUUCUCAUUUGGAAUUGGCUGCAUCAGUUCCAAUUGAGUAUUUUUCAGUGUCAUUAAGAGAAAGAAAGGGUGGGGAAAUGAUUGCAAAUUUUGAGAAAAACCAGUCGUUAACCUUUUUGCCAAAACAUUCUUAUGCCGUGGUUAAUCAUGGAAAUGUUGCUUGUAUAGAUUAAUGUAAAUACAGACAGUUGUAUAUUUAUACAUGUAUAUAUUUUUGGUCACCAAUUAGGCUUUUGGGCAAUUUUAAAAAGGGCAUCCAAAGACACAAAAAUAGUGGAAAUAGUUUAUUUUUUCAAUUCAAAAUAAAAGUGUCCUUGCACAAGCCAA